UUCUGUUCUAAAUUCGGUCGAAAUGAGGGUUUUUCGGGCGAAAACAAGGGAGAAUCCGGUCCAGCCUGGUCCAGCCUGGCAACACGCAUCGACUGAGUUCAGGUUAAGCUUUCUUCCCAGCGAAAGCAGCAGGUCGCACCAUGGGAGCCAUGAACGGCGAGUUAGUCGGAUGCUGUGUGCAUCAGGCAAGCAAGGUAGAUGGCGGUUCCGUGGGUCGUCGCCGGCGCAGGGCCCGCGCGAGCGGCGCUCUUCACUCCCGUCGUCAGUCGGUCGCUCUUCGCCGAGGCAGCAACACGCUCAGCAGGAUUACUCGCGCCAGCAAGUGCGGUGAACUCGCGUGCUCUCCCUGCAUUAGAAAAACACUUCAACGCAGUUCGACACUCUCGGUGACCGAUUCAGUGAGCGCGAAAUUGACAGAAACUUGAACCGGAAACUUUGGUCUGGUGUCCUUUGACUGUAGACGAUUGGCGAUUCUGCACACGGACAUGGCUCGACUUGGGCAAAACCUUUUCUUCGGACUGCUCAGCCUCCUCUUCAUCGUUGCCGGCGUCGUUAAAGGUUCGCCCCAGCGCAGAGAGCUGCUUCAACCCUCUUCAUCGCGGGAUCACAUGGCACCCAAGUUCCUCUCCAGAGGUCAAACCUUCCGGGAGGUGAUUGGCAAUAAUGUCAUACUGCCGUGCGAGGUGCUAGACUUGGGCUCGUAUGUAGUUCUGUGGCGGCGAGGUGCUGUGGUCCUGACCGCCGGCAACCUGAUGAUCACCCGCGACAACAGGUUCAGCCUGAUCGACGGCCACAAUUUGGAAAUCCGCAACGUGCGACCUCAGGACGCCGGCGACUACGUCUGCUCCAUUGGCUCGGCUGAGAACAAGGAACAGACGCACACCCUCGAGAUCCUCGUGCCACCGGUGAUUCGAGGACAGCCAGCCGGCGGGUCGGUGACCGCAAGGAAGGGAGGAUCUGUCACCCUGGAAUGCAAGGCGUCGGGCAACCCCGUGCCAACUAUCACCUGGACCAAAAAGGGUCCCUCUGGCAUCACUCGAGAAAAUAUUGUUGAGGGCUUUUCCUUGACUUUGGAGCAGGUUGAUCGGCAUCAAGCAGGAAUUUACCAAUGCUCAGCAAACAACGGAGUCGGUACCCCAGCCACUUUUGACAUCAACCUUAACAUCUUAUACCCGCCGGAAAUCGAAAUGGAGCGCAGCUGGGUUCACUCGGGUGUUGGCUACGAGGCACAGUUGGUGUGCAUCGUCCACGCUGAGCCGCCUGCUGACGUGCGUUGGUACAAGGAAGCCAUUCAGCAGGAUCCAAACGAACAGUUUUCCAUCAACAAUAUGGGCUCGAAGCACUUCCUCUCGAUUCGCGGAGUGCGCCAGGACAACUUCGGCAACUACAGCUGCGUGGCUGAGAACUCAUUAGGCAGAGCCAAGAAAUACAUGGUCCUUUCAGGCAAACCAAGCCCGGCGCUGUUUUUGUCGGAAGCGUUUAGCAGGGGCCGCGACUUCUACAACCUGAGCUGGGAAGUGACCAGCUGGCCGCCGCUGCUCGAGGUCAAACUCAUGUGGAGACGCGUGCAGAUGAACGACUCGCUGCCGGUGCAGGGCAAGUGGCACGACGUGAUUCUGGCGCCCAACCCCAUCACCGCUUCCAUCGGCCACGUGGGCAAGGGUGGCCGCCACCAGGGCGCAUACGUGAUCCGGCCCCUGCAACCGGGCUGCGCCUACGAAGCCGUCGUGCAGGCCAAGAACAAGUACGGCUGGAACGAUGUGUCCGAAAUCCACAAGUUCUACACCAGAAGUAACAGUGAGUCGUUACUCGACGAGGCCAACGACGUGAUGGACGAGGCAGGGCCGCACGCCAGCACCAAGGGAAUGUCCGCCGCCACCCACAACCUGCCACAUAGGACUGCCAACCUGGCGGUGCUUCUGCCGCUGCUCGCUCUGCUCAUAGCAAGCUGCAACUUUGCUUAGAAAUAAUUAUUUGAGCUGCUGCUUUUUCUCGUCAGCUGCGAAUUUCUACAUGGCGAAAAUUUAGCAAUUUUUCUUUGUAUACCGUGUAAUUAUCUGGCGUGAUGUGGGUUCCUCUGUGUGUGCACGCUUGUGAGAGAUAGAGAGGGGGGAAAAGAGAAUUUUUCUGCUUGUGUAUAAGGUAAGCGGGUUGCGUCGGCGAGCCAUCAAUUACCAUCAAGACGACACCUUCUGAUGCGUCAUGCAGCUCUGGUGGACACAAAGAAAACAAAAAAUCGCAUACCUGCUUGCUGAACAUUUUCAUGUGGUGUAAACAAGUGAGGGCGCGCGUGUGAAAAUAAAAACGCACGCGACGGAGACUUGGUCAUUUAGCGAACAAUCGAUUUUUAUGACUUAAAAUUAAGGGCGAGCCGCGACCUUGGGACGAGUGCGAGUUUUUCAACACUUAAGCAAAAUGGACGCUUAUUUUUAUAAAACUGUGCGGCGAAGUUAAAUUCCUUGCAGAUAUACAGGCUGGUCGGUCAUUUGUAGGGAAAGAAGAAGUGUGUUUGGAGAAAAGUGUAUGACGUUGUGCGCGACUCGCUGAUUUACUCAUGAUAAUAUAGUGACUAAAAUUAUGACUAGGCCACCCUCUCUGACCGAUAAUGUUAAAUUAUUAAUUGCUAAGUGUAGGAGGAGCAAGUGUACGACGUUAUUUAUGUUUUAUGUGUGUAUCUAAUCAUUCGUUUCCGCUCGCACUCACACGCCGAGCGUGGAUUUUUGUAUAAUGACAGCAAAUUUUGUUGUACUUUUCGUCUUUUGCGCAAAAUGGACAGAGAAUCAAUUAUUCCGUCUGCAUUCAAGUAAAAGGUUCACGUGCAAAUUAUGUAAUAUUAAAAAGCUUAUCAAUGCAUCGUCAUUCGCGUUUGUUCACUCACUCAUACACCGAAAGAUUUUCCAGUGUCAUUAUUGAAUGGAAAAAGAUAAUGUGGAAAAAUAAUUUUAAACUCACGAUUAAUAUACACAUUAAAUGAUUAAAUAUUAUUAAAAGAUUGAACUGUUGCUGUUUAGUUGUAAAAAUUAUGGAAUCAAUAAAUGUCAACAGAUGUACAGCU